GGGAGGGGGCAGCAAGCAGAGGACAAUGUCAGAUGCAGCUUUUUGCCUUCUGCCUGACGCUCCCCUCUGGUUCCGCCAGGGUUGGUCCCUGUAAGAAAUAGCUGGAGCUGUGGCAGCGGCGAGAGGAAACGGCGGAGGCGCGUGGAGCCCGAAAAGUCCCGGUGCUCCGGGUUACCUCGCAUCCUGGUCCCCAGCAGGCCGUCAGCACCAUGGACAGCAGCGCCGUCCCCGUGAACGCCAGCAACUGCACCGGUCCCUUCGCGCCACCGAGUUGCUCCCCAGCACCGAGCCCCGGUUCCUGGGUCAACUUGUCCCACUUGGAUGGCAACCUGUCUGACCCAUGCGGUCCGAACCGCACGGAGCUGGGCGGGAGCGGCGGCCAGUGCCCUCCGUCCGGCAGUCCUUCCAUAAUCACGGCCAUCACCAUCAUGGCCCUCUACUCCAUCGUGUGCGUGGUGGGGCUUUUCGGAAACUUCCUGGUCAUGUACGUGAUCGUCAGAUACACCAAAAUGAAGACUGCCACCAAUAUCUACAUUUUCAACCUUGCUCUGGCAGAUGCCCUGGCCACCAGUACCCUGCCCUUCCAGAGUGUCAAUUACCUAAUGGGAACAUGGCCUUUUGGCACCAUCCUUUGCAAGAUUGUGAUCUCCAUAGAUUACUAUAACAUGUUCACCAGCAUAUUCACCCUCUGCACCAUGAGUGUGGACCGCUACGUCGCAGUCUGCCACCCGGUCAAGGCCCUGGAUUUCCGCACUCCCCGAAAUGCCAAGAUUGUCAACGUCUGCAACUGGAUUCUCUCUUCUGCCAUUGGUCUGCCUGUAAUGUUCAUGGCAACAACAAAAUACAGGCAGGGUUCCAUAGACUGUACCCUAACGUUCUCUCACCCAACCUGGUACUGGGAGAACCUGUUGAAGAUCUGUGUUUUCAUCUUCGCCUUCAUCAUGCCCAUCCUCAUCAUCACCGUGUGCUAUGGACUAAUGAUCUUGCGCCUCAAGAGUGUCCGCAUGCUCUCCGGCUCCAAAGAAAAGGACAGGAACCUGCGGCGCAUCACCAGGAUGGUGCUGGUGGUGGUGGCUGUGUUCAUCGUCUGCUGGACUCCCAUCCACAUUUACGUCAUCGUCAAAGCCUUGAUUACAAUCCCAGAAACCACGUUCCAAACCGUGUCCUGGCACUUCUGCAUUGCUCUGGGUUACACAAACAGUUGCCUGAACCCAGUCCUUUAUGCAUUUCUGGAUGAAAACUUCAAACGAUGCUUCAGAGAAUUCUGUAUCCCAACGUCCUCCACCAUCGAGCAACAAAACUCCACUCGAAUUCGUCAGAACACUAGAGACCACCCCUCCACAGCCAAUACGGUGGAUAGGACUAACCACCAGCUAGAAAAUCUGGAAGCAGAAACAGCUCCUCUGCCCUAAUGGGGUCUCAUGCCAUUCAGACCCUCCCUGAGCUCUGAAGCCUCCAUCGACAUGGAAGCAGGUUGCUGGGAGAAUGGAUAGGAGCUUGAGUUCCUAGGAAAGCGCCUGCUCCCUAGUCACCCAGCCUGUCCCCUCUGGCUUCUCCACUCCGCCUGUGAGAGGGGCACACAAACUCUAUCAAGCACUCGAAAGGAAAAGAAGACAUCACACCAAUGAUUCUGGCUUGUGUACAUAAUCACCAGGAAGUCACCCAAGGGGACCACAGUCUGCCGUGGUAUGUGAACUGGGGUCAUCGUCGAUGGUGACUCUUCUGUAUGUAUUAUUCUGUUUUCAGCAAAUAUUUAUGACCUUAUCAAAGAAAAACCACCAAUUGCUAAAUUCACCACAGUAACACAUAAAGUGAAUGCUACCUCUGACCAAACACAUCGUGUGGAAAGUCCCUGCGUCUCUAAUCUUUUGUGUGGGAGAACAAUAUUCUAUUUUUGACCACUAAAGCUCACCUUGAAAUUGCCAUCUGGUUAAGACAUCAGUUGCACUUCCAUGUCUUGGUUUCACAUUGUCUAAAAGAUGACAUCUUUUUCACCCAGUACCAUAAUUGCAAAGCAAGACAUGAACACAAAAGCUCAUCUGAAACGCAUCCAGUAAUGCGUCUGCCAGCUGCAGAGGGUUGAGUCCCCCACGGGGCAAGCACCUCUGAGAGUCACAGUGGGGAUGUCCCUUCCUGAGGCUGCCCAUGUUCACUCGCUGGCUCUCACUCAAGUGCCCAGAGGGUGACAGUCAGCCACAGUUCAUGGCUUCCCCCACAGAAAGCAGAGCACUUGGACACACUCUUCCCCCCUCAGUCUUCUCCACACUUGACACGGUAUUUUCCCUUUUAAGAACUCAGUUCAAAAUACAGACGCCUUUUGAAUCAGUGUGAUAAAAUGACAGAUGUUUGUGUUGAGUGCCAGCAUAGUUUAAACGAUUUUUAAAAAUAUGGACUCGAUAAACUUAAUCUCAAAACAUAAAAGACUCAAGCAACUACAGAGAAAAACGUGGGAUCUGCUUUCCAACCUUGUGUAGUUACUUGGAUGUGAAAUACCGACCUUGGCCCCAAACCGUUUCCCUGAACAUUGCAAUUAUCUCAUGUCAUCACCAAUAUUUUGGUCUUUUGGAGCUCUGCUGUCAAGUUUUCUUUGUAAAGCGUCAGUCUUCUGAGUGGUUUCUCUAAGACAAUCCCCCUCCUAAACUGGCUUUCUUUGUGGUGACACAGAGCAGAGAUUUGGCAAUUGCCCAUUUCACUUGAUCUUUACAGACUGUGAGUCUGAUGGCCCAUGCUGAGGAGCUCUCCACGUUGGACAUCUGUAGGCCCUGACUGAAUGGAUCCAGGGCACAGCCACUACAGUUAUCUAUAAGUCCACAUAGAGAACAGGGCCCCUGCUUCCCCUGCAAGAGUUCAGAGUCUAUGAGCUUCCAGCAGAUUCAACUGUAAAAUGUGUUUCCCUUCAUCAAUCUAACAAGACACAAAUACACUCCAGACAGGCACAGGCAAGGCACAUGGGAGACAGCUGCCAGGGACGGAAUGACUGAAUUUACCGCCUCAGAUCCUGCCAGCUGUAAUCAUGUGGGCCCAAACCCCAGGAACCAUUACAGGAGAAACAAAACCUAGAUAAGUGUUGUAAUGCUUCCUCCUGGCGAUGCCUUGAAUACCCCUCUAGUGAGCUCUAUUUCUCAAGUAUUAUGGUCCAGGAUAGAAACACAAGAUGUUUAACUUUUUUUUUUAACAUUUUCUGAUCAAAUAAUUAAAACCAGAGUCUUAAAAAGAUUUAGAAUUUUAAAGCAGAUAAUGCAAAUGAAACACACUAAAGGAGAAUGAAAUAUUUGUACGUAAGUACUGGGGAGGCAGAUUCUUACUCUGAACACACCAUGUAGUGGGAUUUGUCUCGAGGGUUGGUGCAGUGUUGCUUUCUGCUCAGAAGGCUAUUUCUCAACCACCCUCCUUCUGCCUAAUGAGCCUCUCUCGGUAUGAAUCAUCUGGCAUGUGGUGGAGGCAGUACAGUAUUGACGGAGGACUUGAUCCAUCUCCUACAAGCGCAUGUGUGUGCACAAGGCUCUUCGAGGCCUGCGUCCAACGCACAGUGGGGGCUUCAUCUUAAAAACAGGACAUUCUAAAUAAUGCGUUGUUGACAUUUUGCAUAAGAAACCAUUUUGGUUGUAAAAUCCAUGGCAAGUAGAGAGGUAACAACACUGACUCAGGUGGGCUAAGGUUUCCUGUGAAAUCUGAAGAUAAAGAAAGCACGAGGUUCUGCCUGUUCUCCCUUCUUAUUUCACCCCUGUCCUUAGGGAUGGGAUUGCUUCCCAGUGUGGUUUCCCAAAACAGAGACCUUAGACAUGAAGCGGAAGUUUUGCUACUUUGAUUACUUGUGAUAGGACGUCUAGUUGACUGGGUCCACAGCAAUGGUGGCCUUUCCUCCCUCUCUCUGCCUUCCCCUCACUGCCGUUUGGCCCCACGUCCUUCUCUCUCCAGUCACUGGAAAGGGAAGAAGAGAGGAGAGGAGACCCAGCUGAGGAAAGAGUGAUUCCUGAGAUUCAUGGAGGGAGUCUGUAGAGAGAAGCUCAGAAGGGGACUGGAGCAUACUUUUGUUUUAAACAUUUGGUUGUAAUAUUCUGGAUUACUCUUAAUUUGAUGACUUAGAAUAAGUGUUUAGUGAAGAUGCUAAAACUUGGGUUUUUAGGUCCUACAGAUCUCCAUCUGAAGACACAUUGUGAAAGGUUUUUGGCUUUGUGGUUUUGAGAACAUAUUUCAGUUCUCCUAGUUUCUGUCUUCUCUUGAAAGUGUGGAUAAUAACAGCAACCUUCUUGGGUUGUGGUCAGGAUCGAGGGAGAUAAUGUAUAUAAAAAAGGUUGACCUACCAGGUGGUAAAUGCUCCCUAUGUAUAGUGAAAAUUAUCAAUGUCAAAAAACAAAAUAAAAAUAAAAAAUAAAAGACAGGUGAAACCUGAGGGGUUCACUAGGAACCAUCCUGAUCACCUUUGGCACAAAACCCUGAGAAAGGGCCUCCUUUCUCCUGUUUUUUCUCCCUGUUGGGGGUGGUUCAGAAUCAUGGUCAGAGAACAGGAUAUGCAGGUUGUAUUUAAGAACACUAUCAUUAAGGUCUAAGGCAGAAGUCACUUACAGGGCCUAACUGAGGGACAUCUGUCCAGGAGCCAAUUGAAUUUAAGUGAAAAAAAAUGUCAACCCUCAGUCAUUGUUCUCCACUGUCAUCAAAAUAUUUAAAAUACAAGGAAUUAUGCACACCAGUAACUGCUCAAGAAAUAAGCAAACCCAAAUGCCAACAGCUCCAACGUUCAAGUUCUUGUCACGGCACUUCCUAGAGGAGGAAGCAGAUGGGCCAAGGUAAUUCCAUUCAUCCUGUAUUAUUGUGUCAUAGACAGAUGCAUUACAAACAAAAGGACCUAGGGACUAUUGACACUGAGAUUUAGGACAGUGAGAAGUGGGUUAAGGGUGGAUUAAAGAUGUGUAUCUUGUGACAAGGUCCUUUUCAAAUAACAUUGCAUAAAUGCUGUGUAUGCAUUUUAAAGGAAUUUUCAGCACUCUGAAGACAUUAAAAUAAAUAUGUCAAUCUUUGAAAGCACCUCUUGACUCGAAUAUACCAAUGGACACUUCUAGAUCCUGGGCACACAUUCCAAGAUUGAUCAACUUUCCAGCAUUCUUUCAACACACAUUUAAUACAAAUUUAAUCACAUAUUUUUCAACUCACUUUGCAUUUCCUAUUAACUUGCAGUAACUGAGAAGUUCAUUAAGUCUGCACAUGGGAUCGCACUUAAACUUUACAAAGUUACAAAGGAAGUUUGGACGGUUCCCACUUCCUCUGCAUUUUAAGAGGUUCAGGUUUGCAUUUCAGAGCCAAACCACCAGGAAAUAAUGCUUAGAGCCCUCAUGUCUCCAAGUUCUGGACUCUGUACCCAGGGAUGCCAGCUCCCCUUUGUCUCUCAACCUCUAAAAAUCCAGUAUUUCUCUGAUCCAUUCACAUCCAAGAGCAUUUCUUUAUGCUGAAACUACACUAACACUCUGUUGCAAUAGAUUAAGAUGCUCCUAGAUCACACUACUAGGUCUGAGGCAAGGCAGGAGUGUGUAUUUGGGAAAUAGGAGGGAAGAAUUCAGUAGAACCAACACAGGGGAAGAAAGGAAGGGAGCGCUUGCCAUUUUUAUUAUCCUACCCUUGGAAUUAUUUAGCUUCACACCUUACUGCACUCAAAGUAAGUAGUUGGCAUGACCACCCUUUGUCCAAAGAAAUCAUCUUUAAAAGUGCUCAGAUGUGGGCUGGGGCUAUAGCUCAGAGCAUUUGCCUAGCACGCAUAAGGCACUGGGUUCAGUCAUUAGCACUGCAUAAAAAUAAACAAAUAAAAUAAAGGCAUUCUACCCAUAUACAACAACAAAAAGAUUUUUUUUAGAAAAGUGCUCAGAUGUUUUGUAGAGCAGGUAGCCAUCUAUUCAAAGUUGCAAAGAUUCUAUAAGAUCUAUGAGGGCCACAUCUCAGCACAAGCAGCUACACUAGAUGGUUUUACAGAUCCAGGUUUCAGGAAAAGUUCUGUCCUUACUAGAACACCACAGAAACUAAAUCAGUCCCCUGAUAGUGCAAAAAAAAAAAAUGCUCAACGUUCAUUAGGAUAUUUCCAUAUGUUUCCAUGUAAAUGUAGUUAUAUUUUCUACUUUUCAGGUGAUGUGUCUUCAUUUUUGGUUUUGAAAGAAUGGUGAUAUUAACUAUCUCUCUCAAAGGAGGAUAACCAUCACUUUUUGUGGUCAAUGAAGUUGCCUGUAUUUAUACGUCCCAAUGACUUAUGGUCACCCAGAACUGUUUCAUGAAUCACAUGUGGUUUGUUUUCUCAGCUCACCAUUAUGUGUGAGAAAUAUAGCCUAACUGAAAAAGAGAUUAACUGCUGGAGUUCCAACUAAUACUAGGACCUUCUUAGCAAUAUAUGCAUUGCCCAUAAAGAAAAACGAGUUUGUAUUAAGAGUUCAGAGAGGGAGCCUAGAAGCCCAUUAGAGAUGGGGAAAUUCACCUUGUCAUGUGCACCAUAAUAAAAAUGUUUAGCAACAAAACACGUCUCGGGAAAAGAUUGUUUAAAUUAUAAACUACAACUUCCUUCUUACCUUGAAAUUGGAGUUUUGAAAAGACCCAGAUCUUUCAAGCAGGCUAUUAUCUUCCAUUUAUCUUUAUGUUCCCGAAGAGCAACAUCUCUUGUUUUGCUACAAAUACAUAAAUGUUCAAUUGGCAUUACCUGCUAAUGUUAGGAAAUUUCCCAUGAAUACAGAGUUACGAAAAACUAACUGGAAAUGAAAGAAGCAAUAUAAACUGAGGAAGAAAUAAGUAGAAGGGAAAGGGAGGAAAUGAAGGAGAUGGCUAAGAUCCCAGGUGAAACUGAAUAUAGUCAGAUGUGCCCAUCAGCAAGAGGGAGAUUCAUUAAUUUAAUUAAUUUGAUUAACAAACACUGAGAGAAGGGCAGGAGAUGACAUUUGUGUGGCCUAGUGACUGUGAUUUUUCUACCCAGGAGGACAGAGCAGAGGACUCUAAGAAAGAACGACAACUGUUUUUCUCCACUUGGAGGGAAAUAGAUGUGCCCCAACCUGCAUGACACUCGCAGGUCUCCCUUUGCCCUGGCUGCCUCAGGAGACAGGCUUCUGCUUCGCAGAGAUGCUUUUCUCACUUCACAUCUGGUUAUGGUUGCAAUGUCACCACCCCUCACUUUUGUGACAUCAAAACAACCAUACCUACAAAUUAGUGGGUUCUUCAUCUCGUCUGCAAGCCUGGGUGGAGUUGGCUGCCCUUCACAGUUCUGCAUUGAGAAGCCCAGUUACAGGUGUUGGGUCUGCUGUGAGCCCCCAAGGGGUCUCCAAGCAGAGGUGAGCCAGUGGAUCCUGCCGGACUCUGAGUGACAUUAGUGUUCUCACUUUCCCUAAAUGAGAAAACGCCAUUCUACAACACACACUUAAGAGCAGUAUUGAACUCUGUGCUUUUGAUCCCCCCUGGACAGUACAUGUGACUUUUCUCUGCCAUGUUCCAAGACAUCGUUCCUUAAAAUUCAUGAAUAUCAUUGUCUAAGGAUUCUGAGUGGCAGAGACUUUCAAAAGACAAACGGUCCCAUCUAUACUGUGCACUUGGAUAAAAUCGGGCCAUUAAGUGUUUCUGAAUGCCUGUUCCUCAUAUGCCUACUUUUUGAGUGGUUUUUGUUGUUCUUUGUUUCCUUUUUGACUUGGAGAUUUGGGGUGGAUAUUGUUUCUUAUUUGUUCUUGUGUUCAAAGUUUUUCACUUCUCCCUCAAACGUCUGUCAUCACAUGAUGAUAUUCUUCUUAGAAUAAGACCUAGCAGCCCUUCCUCUAUCUCUCCUGAAUGGGUUUCCUUUUGCAGUGACCACUAUAGGAGGUCAGUGCUGCCAUUGAGAGGGACUAUGCUAUGGUUUGGCAUCAUGGUAGGCCACUCACAGUCUCCAUUCCUCCUCCUGAGGUCUCCUUCUGUCCAUCAUUUUGAUAGAAGAGCCAGUCAGAAUUCAAUGUCCAAUAUCCUAUCAACACUAGAAGCCCAUCAGCUGAUUCUUGUUCUCCUGUCACUCUGCAGGUGGGAAACCUGACUCCAAUUGCAGCUCUUGCCUCUGCAGGGGUCCACUCCAAAAAUAGGAGAAUAACUAGGCUUCCUGUUACUCCCUUUGACUGUGAUACAGUUUGUGCCCAUGUCCCCAGGCUCACUCUGCUCAGACUCAGAGGGGAGCUGCUACUGAUCACUGCUGUAUUAACUCAAAACCCAUUUGCCUUAUGGAAAUUUAGGGCCCUUAUUUCCACAAGGGAAUAGAGAAAGCCAACAGACCUCCUACCCAGCUGGUAUUUUCCAAGCAAGCUACUGCAUCUAUAAAAUUAGAUUCAAAUAACAAGUUAUUUUCAGGAUUUAUAAACUCAGUAUUGGAAAUAGUACUCGGGCAAGUGUUCUCAGAAUCCCCUUUCUAUCUAUUAAUCAAUUGCAUAACUUCUGCAUAGGCUGGGGAAAAAAACAUAAGAACAAUUUGGGUUAACCCAAAAGCUUUCCACUGAUUUUGUGGUUUUGUUUGUUUUAAAUAAAUCCCAUCCAUUUAUCAGAGGGAAACAAAUGGGGGUGGAGUUAAUCCUGAUUACAUGAUUCCUUUUUCACUUUUACAAUGAACUCAUCCCUUCUAAUCAAAUCUUAUCAUAACCAAAUCUAUAAAUUAAGUUACCUAAUACAAUUUUUAAUAAUGGCUGAUGUCCAUCAUUGUAAGCAACAUUCACUACAGUAAAUCCCAGUGAAAUCUAAGAACUGAAGUGGUCCAUUGAGGUUUACAUGGACAGGAUGCCGACAGUUUGGCACAUGGACACAGAUAAGCAUAUAAAAAUAUGAAUAUCUCUUUUAAAGUAUCCUUUUUCUCAUAAUGAGACUGAAGCUUCCAGGAGAAAAUUGAGAGAUCAGUUUGGCUACUUGCUUUCUUAUUGAUUCUGAAGAGAGUUGAAGCAACACGCUAGCUGUUGACUGCCUAGCUGAUUUCUCACUUAGAAAGAGCUUGAAACUGAGCAAUUACAGGCACCGCAAGAGAAGGGCCGCCUGGCCCCUCAAGCAGAACUGAGGUUUAGUGCAGGCGAACCCAGGAAGUGGCAAUGCCAGAUAAUGGCUACGUGCUUCUGAUAUGGCUUUAAAAUGAGAACUGUUUCUUCUGGUUCUGCUUUGGCAUAAGGCACAGACAUCUUCACAAAAAAUAGGGACAACUGAUGUUGGGCUGGACCUAUAACAUUCGUCAUUCUGAUUCUCCAAUGCUAAAAGAGAAUAGGGGUUUUGACCUAUCUCUGUAUUUCAUUAUAUUUUGAAGCACAGGUCUCAUAAUAUUGAGACUCUCAUAUGCAGGUAUUGGAAUUUUAAUGUCCACAGUUUGAGAAAAUCCAUAACGGAAAUUCAAAUGUUCAUAACACUUUUAAAUGCAUUUUAGUCAGAUUUUUCACUGCUAUGACUGCAAGACCAACAAGAACAAUAUUAGGGGAGGAAAAGUUUAUGAGGGCUCAUGAUUUCAGAGGUCUCAAUUCAUAGACCGCAGGCUCCAUUUCUCGGGGCUCAAGGCAAGGCAGGACAUCGUGGCAGAAGAGUGUGGCAGAGGGAUGCAGCUUACAUGGUGAUUGGGAAGCAGAGACAGACUCCACUCUCCAGAUACAAAAUACAUACUCCAAUAUAUACCCCACCUUCU